AUGGUUACCCAGAUGCAAUUGACCUGGCCCAUUAAAUUAUUACUAUUAUCCCUGCAAGCCGCCUGCAUGCUGCCGGUGCCAGUUAGCCGGAUGUGCGCGUGCGGUCUCGGAAUAAGAAGUCUGGAGAAGCUUGCACUUCCGGCUUUCCUGGCCUCGGCUUACUCUGUGGCUACAUUAACUUCAGAGAUCGUUGAUUUUCAUCCGGAGACGUACUGCCUGGAUGCCGCUGCAGAGUGGCAAGAAACAACCCAAAACGACCUCCCACCCCCUAAUGCGAGAAAACUCCAGAAAGUAUGGGAUGAACCCAUAGUCGAAAGCACCGUGCAACGGGUGCAAACGGCUAUCGGGAAUGACCUCUCCGGUCAAGCGCGGUUCUUGGGUGUCAGCACAAAGGAAAAUGGAGCGUGGCUGGGAGCACUUCCAGCUGCCUCACUGGGCAAUCUCCUCACCGAUUCCGCGGUCAGAAUCGCAGUGGGCUUACGCCUGGGAGCACCGGUCAUUACCCCACACCGUUGUGUUUGCGGAGAUUGGGCGGAUGCCCGCGGCUACCACGCCCUCAGCUGCAAGAAAAGCCGUGGAAGAAUUCCUACCCAUAAAUGUCUGAACGCUAUUUGGAAGCGCAGUCUCGCCUCCGCCGGCUUCGAAAGCGAAUUGGAGCCACUAGGUAUCUGCCCAACAAAUAACAAGCGCCCUGACGGCGUUACGCUGACACCAUGGGAAAGAGGGCGAAUGUUGGCAUGGGAUGCCACGUGUGUUAACACCAUGGCCAUUUCGCAUAUCGUGGCAACGUCUACACGUGCGGGAGCGGCGGCAGCACAGGCCGAGCAAAGCAAGGCGGAAAAAUACCGGGACAUCACUCCAAAUUACCUUUUCAGCGCCUUGGGCUUCGAGACGGUUGGACCGCCCGGACCAGAAGCAACCCGCAUGAUGACAGUAGUUGGACAGAAGAUUCAAGAGGAAACCGGCGAAAAGCGGGCCACAGAAUUCCUGCGCCAGCGGAUCAGCAUCGAAAUCCAACGAGGCAAUGCGGCAUCUAUCCUGGGAACGGCACCGAUGGGAGCAAAUUUAGAUCAAAUGUUCUCUGUGAUUAGGCCGCAUGAGUCAGUUGAUGCUGUGUAAUAAGUGAA